GGCUGAUAAGGGGCUUGUGUUCCUUCCCACAGGUCACUGACAUCUGGGGCCAUUGGAGCCGCUGGGUGAUGAAGAGCUCUGUGCUGUGAGUGAACAAAGGACCUGGAGACACAGGAGUGGCUUCCAGAGCAUCACCUCAGCAGCUCAGCCCGUGGAGGGGAGAACUUGUAAUCUGUUUGUGCUGACCCCAGAAGGCUGAGCAAAGCACCAUGAACAGCCAUCAGCCAGUAAAAAUCUUCAAGAAAUCUUCUAUCCCAGGAGUUGUUGUCACUCAGUUUGUGAAUGACGUUCCACAAGGAUGCAGUACACCUGACUUUGAGAAGAAACCCCUCACUCUGACACUGCAGGAAGGUAAAAAUGCCAUUUUCAGAGCUGUGGUCAAAGGUGUCCCAACUCCUGAGGUGAAAUGGUCACGUACACGGAAAGCAAUGGAUGAUUCUGCCAAAUACGAAAUGUCCUUCAAUAGUGCCACAAAUGAAUUCAUUCUGCAGAUCAGGAGCGUGGUUGUGGAUGACAGUGAUCUGUAUCGCUGCUGUGCCGUCAAUGCCUACGGAGAGGCCUCGUGCUCCGCUGGCCUCAGGAUCAUCCAAGUUGGCUUUAAGAAGAAGGCGAAAUAUGUUCCUGUUCAUGCUGCUGAUGAGCUCAAGAAGACACUCCUGGACUCCAAGAAGCUGCUAAGGAAGAGGGCUGCAGCACCAAAACCAAAGCCCCUGGACAAAGAAGCUGUAUGGCAGCUGCUGCUGCAUGCAGAUAAGAGAGAUUAUGAGAAAAUCUGUAUGAAAUAUGGAAUUGUUGACUUCCGUGGGAUGCUGAGGAAGCUGCAGGAGAUGAGGAAGGACACAGAGAGUGAACAAGACAAGUUAAUUCACAGUCUCAAAAACUUUGAACACAUCAGAGUCAACAAGGAAGGAAAUGCUACCUUUAGCCUGGAGAUGGAGCUGAAAAACAGCAACAGCAACGUUUACCUGCUCAAGGAUGGUGAGAGGCUCAGGUACGGGACAGGGGAUGAGUACAGGAAGCACUGCCUGAGGAGAGUUGGGAGAAGAUAUUAUUUCACGGUCAAUGAUGUGCAGCCAGAGGAUGCAGGGGUGUACCAGGUCAGGGUGGAGGACGUCCCUGUCUUCUCAACUGAACUGGAUGCUCAAGCCAUCCCGGUGCGGUUCCGGCAGCCACUGUCCGACGUGCGCUGUGCCGAGGCCGCGGAUGCCCGGUUCCAGUGUGUGCUGUGCACGCCCUGCCACGAGCCCCUGUGGCUGCACAAGAGCCACCCCCUCCAGAACAGUGCCAAGCACCAGAUCUCCGUGACCCCUGAUGGCCUGAGCCACGAGCUGGUUGUCAGGAACGUGGGGCCCUCGGACAGCGGGCUGUACACACUCGACGCGGGACACGGCUCCUCCAGCGCCUGGCUCCUCGUGGAGUAUGCCAAAGGAAAGAGGAGACAGGAUGAAGGAGAAAAGAUUGAAAGGGAGACAUCUGAGUGGCUGAAGGAAACGAUGGCAGACAAUGAAAGGGCGAGGAAGCUUCGGCGCCAAGAACAAGCUGCUGCUGAAGAUCCUUCCUUUUCCACAUCCUCUGGUGCAGAGAAAAGUGCCUGGUACAGAACAACUCAAGGCAGCAGCCAAGGCAGGGGCCAAGGACACCCCAUUGAUUCUGAUGAUGGAAGCCAAAGAUUUUUGGGAAAAGAGGGUCUACGCAAAACCCACAUGAACGGAGAGAUGGGGUCUGGACAGUUUUCUGGAGCAGGUCUAGAUGGAGACUCAGCAGCCAAUGGUGGCAGCACCUUUGGACUAAAAGGCUUAGGAGGCAGAAGUGGGUUAAGGGCUGUCCAUGGUGUGGACUCUGUGUCAGGUCCUGGUGCUGCAGCAGGAGGGGCAGGUGAACGGAAUUCUGUGGGUGGCAGAGGUGAGGGUGUGCUGGGUGCUGUUAACAUUGACAUGGGUGAUGGAGGAGGUUUGGGCUCCCAGCAUGACAAGGAAGGGAAUUCAGGUGAUGCCAGUUUCAGAGCUGGUUUUGGGGGUGCUGGAAGGUUGGGUGGUGGAAGUUCUGUGCCAGGUGGACUUGAUCAUGAUUCAGCUGGAGUGGGAGCCAGUGGGAAUGAUCUGUUCAGCAGGACUGGAGCUGGGGGGAAUGCUGCAGGUUCUGGAAUGGCAGGAGAAAUGAGGUCCCACCACGGCAAGGAUGGGCAUCCCACUGUGGGUGAUAUGUAUGGAGGUAUAAACAGAGAGGGACAAACAGGGACUCCCUAUGGCAAGGAUGGCUUGGUACCUCAUGCCAGUGGUCAGUUAGGGCAGGCAGGAAGUUCUGGCUCACUGCAUGGGCCAGGUGGAGAUGGGGCUGUACCUGCUGCAGGUGGCAAUUCCACAAGAGAAAUGGAGGCUUUGUAUGGUCCAGAUGGUUGGGCACUGGGAACAGGUGCUGGUGGAGCUGGUGGAGCUGGUGCAGGGGGAUUUGGAGCUCCCUAUGGGAAGGAUGGUCUUCCCAUUGGAGCAGGCAUUGGUGGGGCUGGUGGUGCAGGUGCACUUGGAUCUCCCUAUGGAAAGGAUGGUCUCCCAGCUGGGGCUGGUGGUGCAGGAGGAUUUGGAGAGGCUUUGUAUGGUCCAGAUGGUCAGCCACUUGGAGCAGGUGGUGGUGGUGCUUCUGGUGCAGGGAGAGUUGGGGGUUCCUAUGGAAAGGAUGGUCUCCCAGCUGGAGCUGGAGUUGGUGGAGCUGUUGGUGGUGGGUUUGGAGGUGCUGGCUCUCCUUAUGGAAUGGAUGCUUUCCCAGCUGGAGCAGGUGCUGGAGGGCCUGGUGCAGGGGGACUUGGAGCUCCCUAUGGGAAGGAUGGUCUCCCAGCUGGAGCAGGUGCUGGUAGUGCUGGAGGAUUUGGGGAGGCUUUGUAUGAUGGUCGGCCACUUGGAGCAGGUGUUGGUGAUAUGGCUGGUGCUGGUGAAGGGGGACUUGGAUCUCCAUGUGGAAAGGGUGGUCUCCCAGCUGGGGCUGGUUUUGGUGGUCUUGGUGCAGCCAGACUUGGAGCUCCCUAUGGGAAGGACAGUCUUUCCACUGGAGCAGGCAUUGGUGGGGCUGGUGGUGCAGGGGGAGUUGGGGGUCCAUAUGGAGAGGAUGGCCUCCCACUUGGAGCAGGUGCUGGUGCUGGUGGUUCAGGGGCAGCUGGGGGUCCCUAUGGAAAGAAUGGUCUCCCAGUUGGAUCUGGUGUUGGUGGUGCUGGUCCUGUGAGUGCCGGGGGAAUUGGAGCUCCCUAUGGAAAGGAUGGUCUCCCAGCUGGAGCUGGUGUUGGGGGUGCAGGGGGAGUUGGGGGUCCCUAUGGAAAGGAUGGUCUCCCCGUUGGAGCAGGAGUUGGUGUUGGUGGUGUUGGGGGAGCUGGGGGUCCCUAUGGAAAGGAUGGUCUCCCAGCUGGGGCUGGUGGUGCUGGUGCAGGAGGAUUUGGAGAGGCUUUGUAUGGUCCAGAUGGUCAGCCACUUGGAUCAGGUGUUGGUGGUGCUGGUCCUGCGAGUGCCGGGGGAAUUGGAGCUCCCUAUGGAAAGGAUGGUCUCCCAGCUGGAGCUGGUGUUGGUGGUGCAGGGGGAGUUGGGGGUCCCUAUGGGAAGGAUGGUCUCCCAGUUGGAGCAGGAGCUGGUGUUGGUGUUGGGGGAGCUGGGGGUCCCUAUGGGAAGGAUGGUCUCCCAGUUGGAGCUGGUGUUGGUGCUGGGGGAUUUGGGGGUCCCUAUGGGAAGGAUGGUCUGCCAGUUGGAGCAGGAGCUGGUGUUGGUGGUUCAGGGGGUCCCUAUGGGAAGGAUGGUCUCCCAGUUGGAGCUGGUGUUGGUGUAGCUGGGGGAGUUGGGGGUCCCUAUGGGAAGGAUGGUCUCCCAGUUGGAGCAGGAGCUGGUGUUGGUGUUGGGGGAGCUGGGGGUCCCUAUGGGAAGGAUGGUCUCCCAGUUGGAGCUGGUGUUGGUGUUGGUGGUGCAGAGGGAGUUUUGGGUCCCUAUGGGAAGGAUGGUCUCCCAGUUGGAGCAGGAGCUGGUGUUGGUGGUGUUGGGGGAGUUGGGGGUCCCUAUGGGAAGGAUGGUCUCCCAGUUGGAGCAGGAGCUGGUGUUGGUGGUGUUGGGGGAGUUGGGGGUCCCUAUGGGAAGGAUGGUCUCCCAGUUGGAGCAGGAGCUGGUGUUGGUGGUGCAGAGGGAGUUUUGGGUCCCUAUGGAAAGGAUGGUCUCCCAGCUGUGGCAGGAGCUGCUCAUUUUCCUCCUGGGGGUGAGGAAGUUAUGGGAUCUGGUUGUGGCACGGAUGGCACACUGAGCAGAGCUCCAGGAUAUGCAGGUGGAGCAGGAGGAGAGGGCUUUUCCAGGGAAGGCUCUGCACCGUGGGGUGCAGGGUCUGCCUAUGGCAAGGACAGAGGUUCAGCUGUAGCCAUGGCUGGUGCAGGUGGGGUUGGGAGCUUGGGAGGGGAUGAAUGGGAUUCAGUCCACGUUAAAGAAGGUGUAGGUGGUGCUGGUGGAUCACAUGGUGAAUAUGGGCUGGAUGCACAUCCUGGUAGAUCUUCGAGAGGUGAAACUGGAAAGGGCACGCCUGGUGAUGUCCAAGGGCCAGGGAACAAAGGCUCAGCUGGUGACAGAGGGUCUCUGUCAGGUCCAGGAGGAGCCAGGGCAGAAGGCAGAGAUUUCGGGCAGUUGGGCUCCCUUUAUGGCACAAAUUCUGCCUCUGGAAAGGCAGGGAGUAAAUCCCAUGACAGAUCUGUUGAUAGGAGCAGUUCAAGUGGGCUUGGUCAAGGUCCACUGAGCUAUGGCCAGAUGUCAGGUCCUUUUGGUGGACCUCCUUCAGCAAAUCAGAGAAACCAGGAGCCUGACCUGGAUCUUAAAGCAAAUGAUUCCCUGAACAACACGGAAAGCACAGGACAAAAGAGACGGAGUGUCCUGGAUGAUAUCAAAGUCCCACGCUGUUACCUCAACAAGCAGCUGGCAACCGUGCGCGUGCUGAAGGGCGAGCCAGCCGAGCUGUCCUGCACUGUCAGCAAGGACAAUGUGACAGGAACCUGGUUUAAGGAUGGCCUAAAGUUAACAAGCAUGGAUGGAGUCAUCUUUGAAAAGAAAGGUCUUGUCCACAAAUUGAUCAUUAACAAAGCUGAUGAUAUUCAUGCUGGUAAAUACAGGUUUGAAGGUGGAGAUGUAAAAACUGAAGCUUCAAUUUUUGUUGAAGAUCCUCCCCAGGUGGACAAGGUACUCCUGAAGAACUUGACCAGUGUCCCCACGGUGGCCAAGGCUGGGGAGGCGGUGAAGCUGCGGAUCCCGUUCAAGGGUCGAGGGCCCAUUAGGGCAGCGUGGCUGAAGGACAGGAUGGAGCUGGGGGAUGACACCAGGAUCCGUGUGGACAAGACAGACACCUGCACCACGCUGUCCAUCUCCAGCUGCAGCAGAAGGGACUGUGGGGAUUACAAAGUCAGGCUCAAGAAUGACAGUGGGACACUGGAGAUCAACCUAAAGCUCGUGGUGAUAGACAAGCCACAGGCCCCAGCAGGACCCAUAAAAAUUGUGGAAAGCUCUGUCAACAACAUCACGAUCCAGUGGAAGCCCCCAAAGGAUGACGGGGGCAAACCAGUGCAAAGGUACCUCAUAGAGAGGCAGCAGGUGGGCAGGAACGACUGGGAGACCUUGGGAGAAACCCCCAGGAGCUGCAGCACCUUCACCACCAGCAAAGUGGAGGAAGACGUGAGCUACUACUUCAGGGUGAGGGCCAUGAAUGCCGAGGGAGUGAGUGAUGCGCUGGAGUCGGGGGAAGUCAAGGCUGCUGGUAAAGCUUCCCCUGGUGCCCCAGAUCCCCCUGAGAUCAUCAGUGCCAGCAGGGACACCAUCACCAUAUCCUGGAAAGCUCCUUGUAAAACUGGCACGUCCCAAAUUAUGGGAUACAUUGUUCAGAAACGCAAGAAGGGCACUGUGACCUGGCUGCCAGUCACCAAGGUGCCUGUCAAAGACAAGAAGCUGAAGGUGACCAGCCUGAAGAAGGGUGUGCAGUACGAGUUCCGCGUGGCAGCUGUCAAUGCUGCUGGCACAGGACAGCCCAGUGACCCCUCAGAGGCCGCCUCCACCCAGGACCCCACCAAAUCUCCAGGCCAAGUGCAGGACCUUAGAGUGAGCAGUAGUGACAGCACCAGCGUCACCUUGACAUGGAACAAACCUGAAGUUCAAGAUGGGAAUGAUGUGAAAGGCUACGAGGUGGAGAUGAGGCCCUGUAACAGCUCCAGCUGGACCAAGUGCUUCACCCUCCCUGCAGAGAGCACCUGCUGCAGGCUCCAGGGGCUCCAGGCCGGGGAGAAGCUGCUCCUGCGCGUGACAGCCCUCGGCACCAGCGGCCACGGGGAGCCCCUGGAGCUCGAGGCUCAUGCUGGAGCUGCUGCUCCCGUGGUCUCUCCCAGGUUUCUGAUAGAUGACACAGUGAAAAGCUUCCUGGUUAUAAAAGCAGGGAAUCCCAUCCAGGUGAAGAUUCCCUUUGAGGGAUCUCCUGAGACGGUGGUGACCUGGUUAAAGGAUGGGCUCCCCCUUCCCAGCCGGGCUGCCGUGAGCACCAAGGAUGGAAGCGCCCAGCUGCUGCUCAGGGCAGCUGAGAUCAGUGACAGCGGCACCUACAGCAUCGAGCUCGGGGAUAGGCUGGGGAAAAGGGAAACCUUCAGCUUCCAGCUUCAAAUUACAGAUGUCCCUCAGCCCCCUGGAGCCAUCCAGCUGGAGGAGAAUGUGCCCAACACAGUGACAGUGACCUGGGACCCCUCAGCAUCUGAGCAGUGGGAGAAGAACCUGUAUUACACUGUCCUGAAACGGGAAUCCCAGAAGGGUCUGUGGCAUGUGCUGGGGGACCUGAUCUACAACAACAAGUUCACCUUCACCAGGGUGGUCCCAGGCAGGGAUUAUUACUUCAGGGUUGUGGCAAAAAAUGACCUGGGAGCCAGUGAUCCAUCAGAGACUGUGCAGCCCUGGAGGAUCUGGAAAAAAAAGGCUGAGUUUCGAGUGCAAGCACAGAAGUACAGGGGAGUUAACCAGAACCAGCCCCCGAGGUUCCUGGUGCCGCUCAAGUGCCAUGUCGUGGUGACAGGCAGCGAGUGUCGCAUGAGCUGCGCUGUUGGGGGCCAUCCCCCCCCCCAAAUCAAAUGGUACAAGGACAGCAGAGACCUAUCCAGAGAUCCCAACUACUUCUGCACCAACGACUUUGGAGUGUGCUCCCUGGUGGUGCUGGGGGUCACCAAGCAGGAUGAGGGGGAGUACAUGGUGGAAGCCAGCAAUGAAAUGGGCCGUGCCUUCAGCAAAGCCUUCCUCGCCAUCAAAGACUCCUCCCUGUAGCAUGGCCCUGCUGAGAACAUCCCUGCAUGGCUCCCAGGAUGAGAAGGUUUGGGUGAGGACUCCUCCAUGUGAAGGCUGUGCAUUUAUGGUCAGAUGUUCCUCAUAGUCUGAGGGCAUUAUUUUUCAGAUCCAAUAAUUGUACUUUGAACAUGAUGCUGCAUUGUCAUCAAUACUGGGAGAAAAAAGCUUUAAGAGCACUGUAUUUUAUUUUUUUUUAAUGAUCAGGCUUUCCAUGAGACCUUUAAAACACAGCUUAGAAGCUUCACGAACACAGAAGAUGAGAGGAAAAAUAAUUGGCCGAAAUGAAACUUUCUGUGGAGAGCACAGAUGGAAGAGAUCAUCUUGCCACACCACUCACCCACAACAAGGACAUUUCUGGACAUCAGGGGUCUCUGGUCCUUUCACAUAUGCUUUUUCAAGCCAAAACACUCACUUUGGAUUCCAUGUGAUUCUCUGCAGGUUUCCCAAAUCUGGCAGAAGCAGUUCUGCAUGUGUUCUACUACCAGUAACAUCUAAAUAAAUUAUCUAACCCCUAAGUCAUUUUGUCUGGGCAGGAGAUGAAAUCUCAGACCAGCCUGGCAUGGGGUAGCUGAAAUUCCCAUUGCAAAGUGGGAAGGACUGUAAGUCUACAAGCAGUGUGUGAGCAGAGCAACUCCCCAAACCCCCAGCAUGUGCUGUACAAAGGCUGUGCCAGUCCUGAACCACCCCCAGCAUCAUCCUGUGCAUACCCCCGUUCAUGGCACUGCUGGGAGCCUUUUGCCUUGUGCAGAAAGAGGUGAAAAAUCCUUCCUGUCUUACCAGAAAUAUGAAGGACCCUCAGGAACCUCCUGCAGUGGCCAGGGAUUUCCAACACUGGGCCUGGACAGCAAAACGUUCUGCUGGCUAUAAGAGGGUGUCACAGCCAGGGCACGGAGGGUACUUGUGACAGGAGAGAGCAGAGCCAAACACAGCUGUGGGGCUGGAAUGUUCCUUGGGAUUACAUGUUGUACAAUGCUGUACAGAUGUAGCAGCAGUAGAUAAUUAAAUUAAACCACAAUUCAGCGAAA